AGAGAGGCCUCAUGAUUGAAUUUUGCCUUUUUCCAUCUCUUAAAAUGCUCAUCAUUUCAGGGCUCGCUGUGUCUGACCAGUGCUCCUUGCUGACCAUGAUAUGGCUAAGCAUCUGCCUCAACCCGCUCUUUUAUCACAAUGAGCUGCCCUUUGACCCCAGAGAUAUCAUGCACGUCACAGCGGGUAUGCCCCAUAUAAUCUUUGUCAAAAUCGCCACUUUUGUCACCGCCUUCAUCACUUUCGAACGAUGUCUGUGUAUCGUUGUCCCUCUGAAGGUGAAGACGAUCAUAACACCGAGAAGGACAAAGAUAAUUAUCAUCUCCAUCUACGUUGUCAUAGCUGUUUUGAUGACCCCCCUCUUUCUUGGCAACAGACUUGAGUGGGUUUUCGAUUUCACCAGGAAUGUUACUAUCCUAAAAACCACGUUCACGGCCGAGAGAGACAUGUUAGACGCCAUUACAUUUCUGAUCCCGGGUGUAUUUGCUACGACGUCUUCUUUCAUCUUCGUCAUCUGCUGUACAAUCAUUCUUACCGUCAAACUCAACAGUAAAACAAAAUGGCGACAGGUCACUGCAGCCAAGUCUGCUCGUCCAGCGGAAGGAGUUGGGGUCAAAGAUCAAAAGGUUGUGAAAAUGGUGACCUUCAUCGCUGUCAUUUUCAUUGUCUGCACCCUUCCUUCCACGCUGUUGUUUCUCUACAUGAUGAUUGACCCAAGCUUUCGUAUUGAUGAUCGUGUCUAUCGAAACCUGUAUCGUGCCCUUUGGUCUUCAUCAUACCUAAUCGAAACUAUCAACUCUAGUGUGAAUAUAUUUGUGUAUCUGAAAAUGAGUUCGAAAUAUCGAGCAGUGUUUAUGGAAACAUUUUGGAACAAGAAGGAAAAAUAACUUUUGGGAUGCUUAACGGGAGAUGUACAUGAUAUGGGAAAACUUCUAGGGGUUUGACUUUCUUUCAAUUUAUAAAGGUGAUAUAGGUUGAUUAUCGACUAAUUAGGAGAAUUCGGACGGAAUUUUAAAAGUUUUUUUUUUUAAGUUGGUCUCCGUGGAGGCCAUCUUUGAUUUUUUGCCAUGCUGCGGGGACAGACGUUUUUCCACAGAAAAUACUGGAAUAUAAGCCUCAAA